GGUCGACGGAUAUCGCACCCUUCCAUCCAACUACCGAAAAGGGUCGAACCAAACAAAUUUCACCGUCUCGCUCAUAGCCCGACAUCCUUCUCAAGAACGCAACCAAGGGUUCCCAUCAGACGGUACCGCUAUCCGCUCGAUCGCACUUUUGCCCAAGGCUUUGGUAUCCAACAUAAAAUAAACCAAAGCGUUUCGUUUGCCCCAAGACCAAAUUUUUUUGAGUCAACCCAACAACAACAGCCUGAACAAAACGCGCAUGUACUACAGCUACUAGAGUACUUGGUCAGGUUCGCUUCAAGAGCAUUAGCUCGGAGUUCAUCACGGUCGGAAAUAAAAGAGACGGUGGGUUUUACUCGUCGCGACAGGUUGCGGGUCAAGCUGAUACCUUUUCAAGGACGCCUUCGCACCGUUUCUUUUAUUUCUCAGCGACUGAGAAGUCCAAUAUGCCUUCCUUCUACCGCCCGCCCAUGCCGCGUCAGCUGCCUCUCUCGCCGCCGGAAUUCAUUCCGAGCUACAACAGCAACGGCUGUGGAGGUAUGCACUACCAGCAGCAGAACCCAUAUGCUGCUCAGCACGGCAUCGGAAACACCGAAGAAGGUCGUUACGAUUUCGCAGAGCGCUACGGCCACAACGCCGGCCUGGCUCCUUCGUCAAUGAUGUACCACCAGCAGGCCGGUUACCCUGCCCACAACCCGUCAGGGCUUCCUCAGUACUACGACUCCCUGGCGGCGCCGAUUCUUCCUUUACCUAUCCCUGACGCCGAUAUGCAUCGCCAGAUGCAGCAAGAACAGCAGCGUGUCGAUUCCGAGCAAAAGGAAGAGAAGCCUGUCGGCGGUGUUUCGGCCAAGCUCGACUACGAUAUGGAGACCAUGACGGAUUUCGUGUCUGAAAUGACACAGGGAAUUAUUGUCUCAGGACGCCCUCAGCCUCCGUCUUUCAGGAAGUGGGUCCACCAGGUCCUCUGCGCGACUCGUCUGCCUUCUGCGACAAUCAUGCUUAGCAUGAACUACCUGUCUGUGCGCAUGGACAUGUCCUCUACCGGCGCCCCGUCCAAGAGCCAGGACUCUCAGAUCUACCGCAUGCUGACCAUGGCGCUGAUGCUGGGAAGCAAGUUUUUGGACGACAACACGUUCAUCAACCGGUCCUGGUCGGAGGUCAGUGGUAUCAGCGUCACGGAGCUGAACCAGAUCGAAAGGGACUGGCUGCUUGCUUUCGAGUUCAACUUGCACCGCGAUCCUUCUGAGCCGCGCGGGUUCAACUCUUGGCAGGAGCACUGGAAGAAAUUUGAGAGCCGCGCCCAGAGCGCGCCAGCUCGCGCCGCAAAGACCAUGAAGCUGGCUCCUCUCGACACGCUCCAAGGCAAUCUUUCUCGUCUUGGUCAGCUUCCGUCGCCCAUCUCGUCCGCCUACUGCAAGCCUCUGCCCUCCUGCGAGACUUUCGGUGCUCCCUCAGGAUACGCGCCGUACGAUCCUUGGCUCGUCUCUCGUUCCGCGAACGAGCGUUCUCCGGUCUCUGCUUCGCACACUGGACCGACUACGCCAGAGUAUUACGGUGGACCUGGCACUUGGGCGCCGCCUGAGGGAUACUCGCGUCGCACCAUGUUCGGCUUCCCAUCUUUCCAUCAACUGCCUAGUCCACAGGAGCCGCAGUUGUUCCCCCCUACGGCUUACCUCCAUCACUACAACCAGCACAUGUGGAGCGGUCACGGUAUGGGUUGCAACUGCAUGUACUGUGCGCGCCAGCACCCGUCCUACUUCAUGGCUCCGGGCUUCGGUCCUCAGCCUGUCGCUGGUUAAGCGCCAUUCUGUGUUGCCACGAUUUUCCUACGCCUGAUACCCUUUCUCGUGGCACUGUGACACGGUCUCGAGGCGACUUUGUUUUAUUCGUUCAUCUUCAAUCGGACAGACUGCUUGCUUACACCUGUUGCUCUUUCGUUCGCAAGCUUCGCAUCAAAAAAGUUCUUCCGGGAGGGUUGUCUCAAAAGCCUUUACGUUUCGAAUCCCUUUACGCGUUGAAUUUUCCUGUUUAUACCGGCUCUUCUUCACUUACCCUUCUCGUUUGUUUUCAAUGCUUUUUUGCUCACGACGGCACGCUUCUGCGGACGUGAUCCGCUCUUCUUACUUGUUGCUAUUCUAGCACACGCGUUGUCUUUUCUUUUUCCUCUUUUUCCUUGGCUUGUUCUCAUU